AUGUUUUUGUUUCUGUCUAAGAUGGCAAAAAUAUCCGAAGAAAUUGUUUUCAAAACAAAUCCAUCCCUUUAUCCGCCACCUGCUUCUAUUGUUAUUUACCAUCCUGUAUUUAUCUAUCUAUCUAACCUAUCUAUCUCUGGUUUCUCAUAUCUAUCUAUCUAUCUAUCUAUCUAUCUAUCUAUCUAUCUAUCUAUAUAUAUAUAUAUAUAUAUAUAUAUAUAUAUAUAUAUUUAUAUAUCAGCCUGUCCAUAUCUAUCUAUCUAUCUAUCUAUCUAUCUAUCUAUCUAUCUAUCUAUCUAUCUAUCUAUUUAUCUAUCUAUGGAUUCUCUUCUCUAUAUAUCUAUGGAUCCUCUAAUCUAUCUAUCUGUGGAUUCUCAUAUCUAUCUAUGGAUUCUCUUAUCUAUCUAUAAAUCUAUGGAGUAUUUUAUCUAUCUAUCUAUCUAUCUAUCUAUCUAUCUAUCUAUCUAUCUAUGCCUUCUCUAUGCAUUCUCUUAUAUAUUUAUGGAUUCUCUAUCUAUGUUUGUGUCUAUCUAUGGAUACAUCUAUCUAUCUAUCUAUCUAUCUAUCUAUCUAUCUAUCUUGUAUUUACCAUAUAACUUUGCAGGUUUUUGUCAGUGA